ACUGAUUUACGUGACAAAAUAUCUUGUCCCGCGGAUUCUAUUGUCGUCGGGGAGCACAGCGAGAAUCCCGAUUUUCCAAGAAUCGCUACAGGCAAGGAUAUUUGCCCGUCUGCUUUUAUAUUCAUUGAGAGUGUUUUCUACAAUGACACAAGAAGCGAUUUAUGUCGAAAUUAUAGCAAACUUUAUAUGGAUUGGAAUAACAAAAAGCACAAUGGCGAGCUACCUCGAUACCGUGUUUGUUCAAGCAAGAAAAUGGAAGAGACAAAGUUUGAGGAUUUAACAAUUAAACUUGGCUAUCCCUAUGUUUUUGUGCACCAGGGUGACUGGGAGCAUUUGCUAUUGUUUCGUAAUUUAAGGUAAAUAUUCCAGGCAAAUAUUAGUUGCCAACUAUUAAUCGUGAGUGUCGUAAACAUGUCAUGGUGGCUGAUAUGAAAGAAUAUUUCUAUGUGUGUGCAGUCAACAAUGACCGAUUGAAUACAGAAACAAAGAAAAAUUUACAUCCUGACUAUUUCUCAUCGGUGAAAAUGAUUUGUUCACGACUAUUACGACUAAAUGAAUACCAGGAUUAAGUUGGCACGCUACUAUUAGUACGUUUUGCAACGUAUGCUGAUCUUCUAAAUUUAGCCUUUUGACCUGUAGUUCUUGACUGUGAUAACUGUGUGUGACAGGUA